UCGUCUCUCUCCCGCCAAUCACAUCGUCAAUGGAGCCUCUAGGGUUUCUUCUCCGUUUCUGAUUCGUACUCUAAAUUGGGCGCUUCUUGCUAUUCGACUCGAGUUUAGAUGGUCGAUCAGAUGGAAAUUGAAGUUUUCGCUUCCGAUUCGCAGUCUCCUUCAGCUUCUUCGGAUCAUAGGUUUGAGGUUAAUGGGGUUUUGGGAUGCGGUGAAAUUGAAGAUACUGAGCCGAUUGAUGAAGAAAUUGUACUUGAUAGCUCGUUGCUUGAAUCCCCAUUUCAAAACCUCUAUGAGGAUACAGAGCUCGUAGAUAACGAGAAUUACGUUGAUGAGGAAACACUGGGUCUCGACCAAGUGGUGGUUGAUAGUGAGGAUGAAGAUGGAGGAUCGGGUAAAGCUGCUGCUGGUGAGCUGACAUAUUUGCGGGAACGAAGCCCCAAAGCUGCAGGUGUACUCUUGGAGUCUGAUGGAUCGAAUGAUCAUGAAUGUCAGAUAGGAAAGCAAGAAUCAAACUGUGAUACCGUGACAGGAUUUCAAGGUUCUUCUCGGAUUAAUGAUGAGAGUCAUGGUCCAGGGCUGGAUUUUUUGGAUUCUCAGGAACCUGGAGAGGCAACACAAGCAGAUGCCCUUGGUUUUGUGGACCACCUUUUGAUGGACAAAGAUCUUAAUUUGUCUCCAGUCGAUCUACGGGAAAAUUGUUCGAGGAGGAAGUCACCUCCUGUCUCAGUUGCAAAAGGAUAUCAAUCUCUAUCCAAAAGAAUCAAGAGCCGAAGUCCAACCAGGAAAAUGAGUGUCUUUGAUUGGAGUAGUGACCAGUGUGAUGUGAGUGACCCUCAAAACGCUCUGGUCAGUCGUGCAAACAUUACCUGUUUCAAGAAAAGAGAAGAUCAUGCUGCAGAGGAUGAUCCUGGAGUUACGAAAGGAUUUAUGGAUCUGUGUGUGGAUAUAAAUGUCUCAACUCAUCCCACACAAAGAUUUAUGCAGAACAGUUCUGUGGAACAAGCAUCGGGUUUGAAUCAGGGCAUUCUGUUUAUCUCUCAGGAGGAUGCUCAGUUGCAGGAUAAGGCAUCAAAGGAGCACUCGGAACCAGAGGAAGACUUUAUUGACAUUGGUAUUAACACUCAAAUUGCUGCUGAAGCAAUGAGUGCUCUAGUGUAUUCUCCCUGCACUAAAGAAGAAGCUCGUGAAUCAGACCCAAUUCCUAGGAGAAUAUCAGAAAUGAGGGAUCAAGGUAGCAAUAUUCCUAGAGGGAACAAUGACACCAUUGAGGGUGGACCUGAAAGAGACAACGGUAAUGGUCCGCUUAGUGGUUUACACAAGGAAAGACACUCUAAGAGGAAGAGAAAAUUCAACAAGGAAGAGAGAACCGGAACAAAUGUCUCUGUUAUGACAUGUCUUCUUAACUUAUGCGAAUGGAGGCAUCCUAGGGGAAAAAGAUCUCGUCUUAUGCAAAGGCAUCACGUCCCACCUAGGAGAUCUUGGGGUGCUAGUUCAAUUAAACACAGAAGUGAAGCCAACACUUUGUCAAGCAGGUCACAAGUAUCAUUAAGUGGAACAAGACAAGCCUCUUCUUGCCAAUCAGGAGUCAUUGACGUGAAUGUUGCAAAUCAUGCAGCUCCAAAGAACAUAUAUGGUGGAAGUCAUGAAAGCUCUUGCAAGAAAGAUUUUCCCAAGUUAUUUCUUCAGAAGGAGCUUACUACGAGGCUUGGAGGUCCUGGAAAAGUAGGUGACUUCGUGUGGAAAGACCUAAGGAGACGAAGAAACUUGGCUUAUGUUCGAGUCUUAUUUAGCCAGCAUCUGGAUGAUGAAACAAUCAAGCAGCAGAAGAAGAUCAUGGUUCGUCUUGGAAUUUCUCUAGCAUCUUCCUCAGCAGAUUCAACACACUUCAUAGCAGAUAGAUUUUCUCGGACAAGGAAUAUGCUGGAAGCCAUAUCCCUUGGUAAACCUGUUGUUACACCUUUAUGGCUGGAGAGCUGUGGACAAACAAGAUGCUUGAUAGAUGAGAAGAAUUACAUCUUAAGGGAUAGCAAAAAGGAAAAAGACGGGUUCUGUAUGCUUACAUCUUUGGCCCGUGCGAAGCAGCAUCCCCUUCUUAAGGGAUUUAAAGUCUGCAUCACCCCCAACAUUAAACCAAGCAGGGGUAUGAUUGCUGACUUAGUGAUGUUGACUCAAGGGCAGGUAGUGGAGAUAAGUGAGAUAGUUUCUGCAAAGGAUAGAAACUUUCCAGAAGAUCUGUUGAUUCUUUCUUGUGAAGACGAUCGAGAUAUCUGUGUUCCUUUCAUUAAUCAAGGAGCUGUAGUUUACAACUCUGAGCUCUUGCUAAAUGGAAUCGUGAUUCAGAAACUGGAAUAUGCCAGGCAUUGUCUCUUCUAAAUUGCAGACAAAAGGAACCAUCGAAUCACAAAGUUUACAGCAACACGCUAACUAAUGUACUGGUUGAUGCAUGCAAUGAGGCUUUUCAUUUCAGUAUUUCAUAAAACAUGCCCGUUUUCAACUUUCA